AUGACAACGAAUACAACAAAACGAACAACAAAUGUUCUAAAUGAUAAUAAUAUUAAUAAGCAACAAAGAUAUAUAUCACAAAGAUCCGACAAUGACCCAAGUUGGAAAGAAGAAGAACCAUCAUACUAUUACUUAUUUACUACUUAUUUAUCAUAUUUAAUACUGAUCUGUUUUGGACAUAUUCGUGAUUUCUUUGGAAAAAGAUUUAAAAAGAAAGAUUAUUGUCAUUUGGAAGAACGAAAUGGAUAUGCACCUUUGAAUUCAGAUUUUGAUAAUUUUUAUGUACGGAGAUUAAAAUUACGAAUUAAUGAUUGCUUCAAUCGCCCUGUUACUGGUGUACCUGGUAGAAAGAUUACAUUGCUCGAACGAGAAACAAAAGAUUACUGUAAAACUUUUCAAUUGACUGGUAAAACCAGAGAUUGUUUAAAUCUAAGUAGUUAUAAUUAUUUAGGAUUUGUCCAGAAUGAAGGCCCAUGUGCUGAUGCUGUUGAGAAAACAAUAAAAAAAUAUGGUAUCUCAUCUUGUAGUCCCAGGAUUGAAGUUGGUACAUCAGAUCUUCAUCUACGAAUAGAAUCAUUGGUUGCCAGAUUUGUUGGUAAACCUGCUGCUAUGGUCAUAUCAAUGGGUUAUGCCACCAAUAGCACCACCUUGCCUGCUUUAGUAUCAAAAGGUUGUUUAAUCAUAUCUGACGAGUUGAAUCAUAAUUCAAUUGUGUUUGGUAGUCGUUUAUCUGGUGCCUUUGUCAGAGUUUUCAAACAUAAUAACAUGGAGGAUUUGGAAAAUUUAUUGAAAGAAUGUAUUAGUCAAGGUCAACCAAGGACUCAUCGACCUUGGAAAAAAAUUUUAUUGGUUGUUGAAGGUCUUUAUUCCAUGGAAGGAGCAUUGGGUCCAAGGGGCAGAGGUGUGUGUGAUUAUUAUGGGAUAAAUCCUGAUGAGGUGGACAUUUUAAUGGGAACAUUUACAAAAUCAUUUGGUGCUGGAGGUGGAUAUAUUGCAUCAUCAAAAGAGGUUAUUGAUAGUCUCCGAUUAAAAAAUCAUGCAUCAGUUUAUGCUGAAUCAAUAACUCCAGUGAUACUACAACAAGUCUAUACUUCAUUGUCAAUCAUCAUGGGUGAAGAUGGCACUAAUGAAGGCAAGGUGAGAUUGGAAAGGUUGGCCUUUAAUGCUAGAUAUUUGAGCGUGAAUUUGAGAAGAUUGGGUUUCAUCAUUUCUGGUGAUAUUGACUCACCAAUCAUCCCAUUGCUGCUAUUCAAUCCUGCCAAAAUGCCUGCUUUCUCAAGAGAAUGUCUAAAAAGAAAUAUUGCUAUAGUUGUUGUUGCAUAUCCUGCCACACCAAUGAUUUCAUCCAGAGCUAGAUUUUGUGUCUCUGCUGCCCAUACUAAACAAGAUUUAGAUGAAAUAUUGAAAACUUGUAAUGAAAUAGGUGAAAUCCUGCAACUUAAACUAUCAAAUAAUGUUAAACAAAAAUCAAUAGAAGAAGUUUUAAAACUUAAUAGUAUAUAA